AGCGGCAGCAGAAUCUUGUCGCAGAAGCGAUUCGUAAACCUGUUUCAAAAGCAAUUGAGAACAGCUGUGAGAUUAGAAAAAUCGAAAAAUGGAGAAUCGCGAAGAUCUUAACUCAAUUCUUCCGUACCUUCCACUUGUAAUUCGUUCGUCGUCGCUGUAUUGGCCGCCGCGUGUGGUGGAGGCGUUAAAGGCAAUGUCUGAAGGACCAUCUCACAGCCAAGUUGACUCAGGAGAGGUUCUACGGCAAGCUAUUUUCGAUAUGAGACGAUCCUUAUCUUUCUCUACUCUCGAGCCAUCUGCUUCUAAUGGCUACGCAUUUCUCUUUGACGAAUUGAUUGAUGAGAAAGAAUCAAAGAGAUGGUUCGAUGAGAUUAUCCCAGCAUUGGCGAGCUUACUUCUACAGUUUCCAUCUCUGUUAGAAGUGCAUUUCCAAAAUGCUGAUAAUAUUGUUAGUGGAAUCAAAACCGGUCUUCGUUUGUUAAAUUCCCAACAAGCUGGCAUUGUUUUCCUCAGCCAGGAGUUGAUUGGAGCUCUUCUUGCAUGCUCUUUCUUUUGUUUGUUUCCGGAUGAUAAUAGAGGUGCAAAACACCUUCCAGUCAUCAACUUUGAUCAUUUGUUUGCAAGCCUUUAUAUAAGUUAUAGUCAAAGUCAAGAAAGCAAGAUAAGAUGUAUUAUGCAUUACUUUGAAAGGUUUUGCUCCUGCGUGCCUAUUGGUAUUGUUUCAUUUGAACGCAAGAUUACCGCUGCUCCUGAUGCUGAUUUCUGGAGCAAGUCUGACGUUUCUCUUUGUGCAUUUAAGGUUCACUCUUUUGGGUUAAUUGAAGAUCAACCUGACAAUGCUCUCGAAGUGGACUUUGCAAACAAGUAUCUCGGAGGUGGUUCCCUAAGUAGAGGGUGCGUGCAGGAAGAGAUACGCUUCAUGAUUAACCCUGAAUUAAUCGCUGGCAUGCUUUUCUUGCCUCGGAUGGAUGACAAUGAAGCUAUAGAAAUAGUUGGUGCGGAAAGAUUUUCAUGUUACACAGGGUAUGCAUCUUCGUUUCGGUUUGCUGGUGAGUACAUUGACAAAAAGGCAAUGGAUCCUUUCAAAAGGCGAAGAACCAGAAUUGUUGCAAUUGAUGCAUUAUGUACACCGAAGAUGAGACACUUUAAAGAUAUAUGUCUUUUAAGGGAAAUUAAUAAGGCACUAUGUGGCUUUUUAAAUUGUAGCAAGGCUUGGGAGCACCAGAAUAUAUUCAUGGAUGAAGGAGAUAAUGAAAUUCAGCUUGUCCGAAACGGCAGAGAUUCUGGUCUUCUGCGUACAGAAACUACUUCACACCGAACUCCACUAAAUGAUGUUGAGAUGAAUAGAGAAAAGCCUGCUAACAAUCUUAUCAGAGAUUUUUAUGUGGAAGGAGUUGAUAACGAGGAUCAUGAAGAUGAUGGUGUCGCGACAGGGAAUUGGGGAUGUGGUGUUUUUGGAGGAGACCCAGAGCUAAAGGCUACGAUACAAUGGCUUGCUGCUUCCCAGACUCGAAGACCAUUUAUAUCAUAUUACACCUUUGGAGUAGAGGCACUCCGAAACCUAGAUCAGGUGACGAAGUGGAUUCUUUCCCAUAAAUGGACUGUUGGAGAUCUGUGGAACAUGAUGUUAGAAUAUUCUGCUCAAAGGCUCUACAAGCAAACCAGUGUUGGCUUCUUUUCUUGGCUACUUCCAUCUCUAGCUACCACCAACAAAGCUAUCCAGCCGCCUUGACUCUGCAAAUUCUCCUUCAUUAACUUGUUUGAUGCAUUCUCAUACUGUAUCUCUGCAUUUUCCCACAUGGGUGUGUAAAAGUGAUUAUUUUCCUCUUACAAGCUUGAAUCCGUUGUAAGCUCGCCAGUUCUUGACCUC